CUUUAUUUAUUUUGUAUCCUUUUGUUUGCCCACAAUUUUAUCCUUCAGCAUAUUUAUUUAUGAUUUUUAACAAUAAUUUAUGAAAAUAUAUCAUUUACCACAAUUUUUUAAUAUUUGACACUCACUAAAUUAUCACCGUAUAAAUAUUUGAAAAUUUUACUUUAUAAUUUAUUUUUCACUGAUGAAUUUGAAUAGAAAACUAGGCAAAGUUGUGGCCAAAUUCUCAGCUGCUACCAAGUCUCGCUCUCUUGCUCCUACGUACCGUUACACUCAGAUACAGAAAGGACCAGGCUUUUUCCAGAAGGUAUACCGUAAAUUCAUAGCCCCUUGGUACUUUAGAGCCAUUUCAGGCCCAUAUGAACGCUGGCAUCAUGCUUGUUUAACCAGAUAUCUGAGAGAACACGGGUUGUUGUACGACGAUUUAAUGUGUGAAAGAGAACCAAUAAUUGAAAGAGCUUUAUCUAUAUUAACGCCAGAUUUGGCAACUGCUCGUUUCAGGAGAAUAGCCAGAGGUAUGCAAAUCAGUAUGUUAAGGAUAUAUCCUCCACUGGAGGAGCAAAAUUAUGAUCCAUUUAUACCAUAUUUGGCGCCAUUCGUUGAAGAGGCCAAGUUCCAGUUACAAGAAGAAGAGGAACUCCUAGGUUAUCAUCCACAGGAUAGAAGACUGUUUUGCGGUGGUACGACAGGAUUUGGAGAUUUGGAGCCUGGAAUGCACUUUUUAGUAUCAUUUCCAUGUAUUUACGGAGGUGGUAUGGGUAAUAUGAAAACUAAAUAAUCUUAACAGUUUUUAAAACGUUAAAUUUUAUAUUUCCCAAAA